AAACCAGUAGACAACAACAAAAGUCGCAAUAAUACAUACUAACAAUUAUGUAUUAGACCUGUUUACUGUUAUCAUCUAGCUGGUCCCAUAUAUUUUUCGUAUUGGACUAGCUGUCAAUACAGCAAUAACAACAUUUAUAUUUUGCAAAGCAGCUGCAUGCGCAAAAGAAAUUGGAGGAAAAAAUAUUUUUGAUUCUGGAUUUAAUUUGCCGUGUUGGGUGCUACGGGGUCCAAGAAAAGUUUAAGGACAGUUUGUAGCUAGAACUUUAUAUGGUAUAACCUCUUUCUGCUAUGUUCAAUAAUAUUCUUCAUCUAAACUGGAUACGUAAGGUCAUAUGCAAUACGAUCAUACGAACACCUGCAACAAACGCAAAUAAGGAAUUUUUAUUUAAAGCAGCAGCACCGGCACCAAAACGGUCCAGCUGUGGCAUUCCAGUGAAAAGAAGGGUAUUUGGAAUUGGAUACGAUAAAAGCAAAGAUCUAGUAUACAAGGCACAAGGUAUUCAAGCGCGAAAAAUGUCUGACAAGGCUUCGCCAAGUUCUUCAAAAGCAUCACAGCAGGCAGAUGAUGAAAAGCAAAGUAGCACAGUUGCUGUGGCGGCGGACUCCCAUAAGUACACCAAUCGUUUGGUGCAUGAAAAGUCGCCAUAUUUGUUGCAACAUGCGCACAAUCCCGUCGAUUGGUAUCCUUGGGGUGACGAAGCUAUCGAGCGUGCACGCGAAGAAAACAAAUUGAUAUUUCUUUCCGUCGGUUACUCAACAUGCCACUGGUGUCAUGUUAUGGAAGGCGAAUCAUUCGAAAAUGCAAGCGUCGCUAAGCUAAUGAAUCGGCAUUUUAUCAAUAUAAAAGUUGAUCGCGAAGAGCGCCCAGAUAUUGAUAAAAUUUAUAUGCAAUUUGUGUUAAUGUUGAAUGGAAGUGGGGGUUGGCCGAUGUCCGUAUGGCUAACACCGGAUCUGGCACCAAUUACUGCGGGUACCUACUUUCCGCCCAAUGAUCGUUGGGGCAUGCCGUCUUUCACGACAGUACUAAAAACUAUUGCCUCCAAGUGGGAGUUGAAUCAGGAGGAGUUGAAAGUAACUGGAAAACAUAUUAUUACGGCGAUACAAAAAUCAUUAAGUGAGAAAACUACAAUGGAAGAGCUUGCAGCAGUCGACGUGGAAACCAAAUUACAAGAGACACUGAGUGUCUUCAAGCGACGCUAUGAUCAAAAUAAUGGCGGCUUUGGUUCGCGGCCGAAAUUCCCCGAGAUUUCACGUGUUAACUUCCUUUUUCAUGCUUAUGUUGUCACCCUGGAUGCAGAUGUGUUGGAUAUGGCACUGCAAACUUUGCAGCAUAUCGGGAAAGGUGGCAUUCACGAUCAUGUUUUCGGGGGUUUUGCACGAUACGCGGUGGAUGAUAUUUGGCAUGUGCCACACUUUGAGAAAAUGCUCUACGAUCAAGGCCAGCUAAUGACGGCCUAUGCACACGCUUACAAAUUAACAAGCGAUGAGAUUUACUUGCGGUACGGUGACGGUAUUUUUCGCUACUUGAUGAAAGACCUGCGGCAUCCAGAAGGUGCCUUCUUUGCGGGCGAAGACGCAGAUUCUUUGCCUACUGCUGAUGCUAGUGCUAAAGUCGAAGGUGCAUUCUAUGCCUGGACUUGGGCGGAGAUAAAGGAGGCGGUGAAUUCCAAUGCAGCGCUUUAUACUGAAUUGGAAAUGGAUGUGGGCCGCAUAUUUGAUAUUUAUGCUUUCCACUACGAUCUGCGUCAAACGGGUAAUGUCGAACCCGCGAGUGAUCCGCAUGGUCAUCUCACAGCGAAAAAUAUACACAUUGUGCGUGGCUCGAUCGCUGAAACGUGUGAUAAAUUCGGCAUAACGGAGCAACAACUACGACGUGUGUUGCUAAUCACCAAUGAGGUACUACACAAAAUACGCGAUCAGCGGCCCCGACCACAUUUGGACACGAAAAUAAUUUGUUCGUGGAAUGGAUUAGUACUAUCAGGCUUGUCCAAAAUGGCAAAUUCUGGUGCAAAGGAGCGGGAGAAAUAUUUGAACGCGGCCAAGGAAUUGUAUGAAUUUAUACACAAACAUUUGUACGAUGCCGAAAGGAAAGUACUGCGGCGCUCUUGUUACGGUCUUGGCACGGAUGAUACAACGUUGGAGGACGCAUCCGCUCAACGCAUCGAUGGAUUUCUAGAUGAUUACGCCUUUCUCAUCAGGGGCUUAUUAGACUACCAUAAGGCUUCAUUGGAUGGUAGUGCCCUAAAAUGGGCUAAAGAGCUGCAAGAUAUACAGGAUGCGCGCUUUUGGGACGACACACAUGGCGCAUAUUUUUACUCAGAGGCCAAUUCGCCGAAUGUGAUUGUGCGCCUAAAGGAAGAUCACGAUGGAGCAGAGCCAUGCGGUAAUAGUAUUGCAGCACGCAAUCUCAUACUGCUCGCACACUAUUUGAACGAAAAAAGCUAUCAGCAGCGCGCCGUUAAGCUAAUGGAAUUCUUUGCUGAUGUCAGGCCUUUCGGUUAUACCUUGCCGGCGAUGAUGUCAGCGCUUUUAUUGCAUGAUUGCGGCAUUGAUUCAGUCACAGUAGUAGGCUCAGACUCAACCAGUGCAAGUCAUUUCAUUGACAUGUGCCGAAAGUACUACAUACCAGGCAUGAUUGUGCUACAUGUCGAUCCACAGCAUCCCGAACAAACUUAUAGUCAAAGCGUGCAGAACAAAUUUAAAAUGGUCAAUGAUAAAACCACGGUUUAUGUAUGCCACGAUCGCGUUUGCCGGCUGCCGAUAACCGACCCCCUGCAACUCGAGCAAACUCUUAAAACAAUGUUCUCUAAGAAUAAGAAUUAAAACUAUAUACAUAAAUAGUUUUUUUUCUUUUAAAUGUUGUUUAUGUUUAGUUCUUCGCAGAAGGCGGAGCAAUAAAAAUGAGUAUAUUAGAAGGAAAAAUGCGUGCCAAUGAAUUGCGGUGAACAUUCGCCACAUUUCUAUUGAAUAUCGUAGCAACUAUUAACCAUACAUCUAAUCUCUUAACAGUUGUCUUUGAAAUAAAAUUUGAAUUUUAGUCGUUAUUCAAUUUAUUCUUGUGCUAAGAAUUAACGCUUUGAUGCCUACCUCCUUAGGAGUUUAUGCGCCUAGCGAUACGUGAUUGUAAUUUUAAUGGCGAAAUAAAUCUGUGAGAUCUAUUUGGCAAAUAAAAUAAUUAAUUAUCGAUUGCAUUGAAAUUAAAGAAGCAAUUUAUCGAAAUACAAAUA